AUGAUGGGCUAUGCAGAUAACGAGCACAAAACUGCCGGCAUCCACAUGCGCCUGCACGCACGAGCGUUCGUGUUCCUCAACCCCCAGACGCAGGAGCGAGUUGCCUUUGUGAACGCGGACACGUGGGCCGCCACAGAGGCUGUCAUCCAGGGGGUCGAAAAUCGCCUGCACCAGUGGUUCGGAGGGCGCCACUACAGUCGCGACAACUUGAUAGUCGCAGGGUCGCACACGCACCACGGUCCCGCAGGCGCCAGUGCCUACUACCUCUUCCAGUUUUCCUCCUUUGGCUAUGUGGAGCAAUCCUUGACAAGCCUCGUCGAUGGCAUAUCCGAGGCGGUCUGGCUUGCGCAUCACAACGUCAAGCCGGCCAAUGUUACAAUCAACAGCGGCAUGGUCGACAACAGCACGGUCCCGGGCUGCCCGAUGCCGAACUGCGCCAGCAUCAAUCGCAGCCCGACAUCCUUCCUCCACAACCCGGAGGAGGAUCGCAAGCAGUACUUCGGCGACGAUAAUCUGGACCGCGAGAUGCCUUUGGUCAAGAUCGUGGACGCACACACCGGACAGCCCAUGGGUGUGCUGAACUGGUUCGCAGUGCACACGACCUCCAUGAACAGUGAUCACGAUCUCAUCUCGGGAGACAACAAAGGCGUUGCUGAAUACCUUUUCGAACGAGCUGUGAAUGGACCGCCCUCGCAGCGCGUCUCCGGGCGAGGGCCUUUCAUUGCGGCCUUCGCACAGGGAGCUUCUGGCGAUGUGUCGCCGAACGUGAAUGGCUCCUUCUGCACCAACACGGGCUUGUCCUGCGAGAACCAGUACUCAGUCUGCUGGGAGGGCGGCCAGCACAAGAACGAGCUCUGCCGUGGUCGUGGUCCUAGCCGGGAUGCCUAUGAGUCUGCGCGGAUCAUCGGGGAGAGGCAGUUUAAGGCAGCGAAGCAUAUCUUCGAUCGUGCGGAGACCCCCAUAGGAGCUGGCCUGAACUACGCAGUUCGCUUCGCAGACCUCUCGAAGUAUUGGGUGGACUUGGAUGGAAACGGCACUUGGGCCAAGACCUGCAGCCCUUGCUUGGGCACCGCCUUCGCCGCGGGCACGACGGACGGCCCGAGCGGCGUCAACGAGUUUGGCCAGAACAUGACGCCGAGCAACGGAUUCCUCCAGUUCAUUGCGCACAUGAUCUCCAUGCCUACGGAGGAAGAAAAGUCCUGCCAGGCGCCGAAGAAUAUCUUGCUUCACCCUGGAGGUAUGAACUUGCCAUAUCCCUUCUUCCCGUCAGUGCUCGGCUUCCAGAUGAUGAGGAUCGGCAGUCUUAUCAUCGUCGCCGUUCCGGGCGAGUUUACGACCAUGGCUGGCAAGAAGACCCGCGAGGCGAUCAAGGCAGUCUUCGUAGAGAAAGGCGUCGUGGAUGAGACUGCAACGGUGGUGCUGAACAACGUGGCGAGUGGCUACGCCGGCUAUGUCACCACCUUUGAGGAGUAUCAGCACCAGCGGUAUGAAGGCGGCUUUACGGCGUAUGGCCCUCACACGCACAAGGCGAUGACUCAAAUACUUGUGGAGAUGGCACAGGACGUGGCGGAUGGAAAGCACACUUUUCCCGGCAUGAAGCCGAAGCUGCCUACCGGCGCGAGGAUGGUGGAGGGCCAGGCCGAGGUGGUAGUGGAUGAUCCGCCCAUGGGGGGCAAGUUCGGUGAUGUGAAGCAGGACGUCACACCGGGCACUUACCACCCCGGAGCCACAGCUCGCGUGGAAAUCUGGGGCGCCCACCCGCGGAACGACCCCAAAAGGAACAGCAGCUUUGGCACGGUGUGGUAUUGGGAAUCGGACAACUCGAGUGACUCCUCGGCUGGAGGGAAAUGGAAGCUGGUGGCGGAUGACAACGACUUUGAAACCAAGUUUGAGUGGAAGCGAGUCGGGAUCUCCGCCAGCGUGGUGACCUUGUCGUGGGACAUCCCUCCGGAGACCCUGCCCGGAUGGUAUCUGAUGCAUUACAGUGGCAACGCCAAGCGCCUGGGCGGGGUGAUCGUUCCCAUCAGCGGCUCCAGCCGACUCUUUGAGGUGCGGGAAGAAGUUUGGGACACACCUCCUAAGGACGAAAUGGUGGUCCUCCCGCCGCUCGAGGUAGACCAGGGAGAGGGCUUGAAACUGCCCGCCGAGGGCGCAGGGCCUGCCCGACGACUCCGUGGCGCUGCGGAGUACUUCCAGUGA